AGAGUUAAACUGUUCCUCUUCCUGCUGCUGUGCAUGCCAUGAAACCUGUUUCUACUUGCCUGGCGUUGUCUCCACCCUCGGCCUGGGUGUGUCAGAUUACAACACACUGGAACAAAACUUCAGAUCUUUAGGUUUUGUUCGUCUGGACUGCAGCGUCCACAAUGUUCGUGUCCAGAUUUCUCUGCAGAUUUAGUUCCAGCUGCUCUCGGCCUGCGAGACUCCGGAUCUACAAGUCCAGUCCGCUCUGGUCCGGCUGUGUUGUCUCCAGUUUCAGCAGCCAGCCUCCAUCCAAAGAUGCAUCAGUCCGUUAUAGUUUUGGUCGCCCUGUCCUCUCUCUGCGUCUCCCUGCGGGUCAGAAGUGUCGUUUCAUUCUGAAGCCGAUGUUGACCACAGUGGGCGAUCUGCUGCAGGACAUCACAGCCAAAGGCCCCGAGGUGCAGGCCACCGCUCUGCUCAAUGCAGACGGAGAGAGAAUCUCUUCUUGCACUUUUAUGGAAACGGUUUUAGAUAAAGAUUUCCAGCUCGUCAUCAAUGACACGACGUACAACAUCCGCUCACCUGGACCAGUUUCGUCUCAUGAACACGUGUUGGGUCUGGAUGAUAUGAAGUACGUGGUCCAUCUGCUCCACUCGGCUCUGAAUCUUCCUCAGCAGCAGCAUCUCCAGCACAGAGAGCUGAUGGUCAGACAAGAGAAACUCAAAGAGCAGCUGGAGCCGCUGGAGACGGUGAAAGCCCAGAUGGCGCAGGAGGCGGAGUCUAGAGCAUCGAUGCUUGGGUGGGCGGGCCUCGCCUACCUGUCACUGCAGGGAGGAUUCCUGGGUUACCUCACCUGGUAUGUGUUUGCCUGGGACGUGAUGGAGCCAGUCACCUACUUCAUCACCUGCACCACCAGCAUGAUCUUCUUCGCCUACUACAUCCUCACCAAACAGGAUUUUAUCUGCCCAGAUGUGAGAGAUCGGCAGUUUCUGAACUUCUUCCACCAGAGAGCAUCUCGCCAGAAAUUUGAUGUUCAAAAAUACAACCAGCUGAAAGACGAGCUGGCUGAGGUGGAGAGUACUCUCAGGAGGUUGAGGAGUGCCAUGCGGCUGCGGCUGCCUGUGGAACACAUCCAAACAGCAAAAUGAGAUUUUACAUUUGCACUUUUCUUUUUUCACUUUAAAAAAAAAAUGUGACAUAAAAUGUCAUUUUUAUAUGUUGUUUUCUGUUUUUAAUU